AUGCGGGUAUUCAUCUUCCUUCUAUUAUUCGGACUUAUCUGCGCGCGUUCAAUUAUUCCGGGCAAAAAUGUGCUGGACGAGGCCGAGGAGAGCGUCCUGUUUUCGUCACCCGGUUUCCCCGGUCAAUACGGAAAUAGCGAAAGCGUCUACUACAAUUAUACGGUAAACGCCGGCCACUAUAUCCGAUUGACAUUUUUGUCAUUUCACACGGAAAACGCGGUGGAUCGGCUGAGGAUAUAUGACGGACCCGACUCGUCGUAUACGGUAUUGGCUGAUCUGAGCGGCUCAAAAACGGGUACGGUAAUCACCUCAUCCGGCCCGAGUAUUUACAUGGAUUUCGAGACGGACAUCAUCAACGUCGAUCGCGGAUUCUUGGGAAGAUACGAGACUUUUGAGGUGGGAACAACACCGGGCACCGACAACGGCUGCGGCAAGUCCCAUUUCACAGCCGACAAAUUUGAGGGCAUCACCUCGCCGAAUUGGCCCCAAAAUUACACGACGAAUCUCGACUGCAACUACUAUUUGGAGGUGCCGGCAGGCCAAACGAUGCAACUGGUGUUCGACGCGUUCGAAACUGAACACUACGAUUAUUUGAGGGUCUACGACGGGGCCGAUGAUCAGGGAAAUCUGCUGGCUGAUUUGCACGACUCGCCGGCGACGCCGAUCUACUUCACCUCCACCGGCAGCAAGAUGUACCUGGCCUUCUCCCCGAAAAUCGACACAAAGGAAAAAGUUAAU